GCGGGCGGAGCGGUGCGGGAGGCGGCCUCUUCCGCUGCCCUCCCCGAGGCCCACGUGCGCGGACGUUGUGGGCCCGGGAGGCGCCGAGGGACCCGGACGGAGACCAGACAUGCCUAAAGCACCGAAGGGGAAAGGUGUAGGACAUGAGAAGAAAGUUAUCCAUCCUUAUAGUAGAAAAGCAGCUCAGCUCACACGAGAAGCUCACAAACAAGAUAAGAGAGAAAAGCUGAAGAACGAUAAAGCUUUGCGCCUAAACAUUAUAGGUGAAAAACUGCAGUGGUUCCAAAGUCACCUUGAUCCCAGCAAAGCCGAAUACACAAAGAAAGAAGCAUGUGAACUAGUUGAGAGUUACAUACUUCGGUUCAGCAGCGAACUGGAACAGAUCGAGUUGCGAAACAGCAUUAAAGGCAGGCGGGGACGGCAGCACUGUGCCCGAGAAGCCACCAUCAGACAGACCAUGGAACGAGAACGGAGGCUCUACGAGGGAUACGGGCUGGAGAUUCCUGAUAUCGUGAAUGCAAAGCAUCUGAAAACUUUCAGGGAAUGGGAUUGUGAUCUACAGAAGUUGCCAAACAUUAAGAUGAGAAAAUUUUGUGCUAGUGAUGCAGUUUCCAAGAGGAAGAAAAAUGUAGAACUAAAGGAAGAACCAUGUGGUGAAAAAGUCGAAGACAUAAACAUGCUAGAUGAAAUGGAGGAGGAGAAUUCAGCUCACGAAGAUUGAUUCUGAUGAACUUGGAUGGAGUGGGAACAGGCUUCAACUCCGCACGGCUUCAGGGAGACAGGUUUACAAAGUCUCCAGCCUAUUCUGAAAUGACUAAUAAGGUUUGUUCAUCCAGCCUUAACGAUAAACUAGUUUUCGACACCUCCAAAAGAAAAUGUUAGAAAUGUCCCCAUUUAAGCAAUCAGAAAGGAAAUAAUUUUAAAUAAAUUAGUUGCCAUUUUUGACUAAGUACUUUAUAACCAUCUUUACUCCUAAAAUGAGAUCUCUUCCCCAGCCUCCUUUUUUUGUAUCCUCUCUGCUAAAGGACUUUUAGGUCCAGGGUGAAGGAUGUAAUUCCUAUUAAUAAGUUCAUUUGUUGUGGGUUUUUUUGUGUGUGUGUGCUUGGAUUUUCCAUCAUGAACAGUGAAUAAUAUUUCUCUUUUAAAAACACCAUUGCAAGAAUGAUCUGGAGCUCUG